UGUUCCGGAGUGCGUGCUGAGCGGGACCGAUUUGAUUAUGGUUUAAAUUAAAUAUUAAACUUUUAACGAAUAAAAUUAACAUUUUAUAACUGUAAAUGGUGCAUAAAAGAUGUUUUAUAAGUGUAAAUAGUGCAUUAAAAAUAUGUUAUUACUUUACUAAACUUAGAUUGUACCCAUGGUAUUCGAAAUAACAAUAUUCAUUUUUAUUUAUAUGUGUACCCAUUGUAAUAAAAUAAACACAAAAUUUUAAGUGAUGAUUACUUAAUGCGUUAGUGAAAACCGUGCCCAAAUCGUUCAAGACACAGACAGACAAAUAUACAAAUUACAAUUAUUGUUUUGGGUGAUAUUAUAUUGAUAAUAAUAAUGAAUACGGUGUUGUCAAUAUGGAAGUGAUUAUUAAAUUAUUAUGGAUUCUGUAUUUGUUAAAUUUUAUUUAUUGUGAUACUGUGUCGUUCUAUAAAGGGAUUUUCAAUGAGGAUCGAAAAAUUACAUUUGCUCCAGACAUUCCGUCGGAAUAUUUUGGUUAUUCAGUACUCCUCAGUGACUUAGGCUUCCAAGUUGGUGCACCGAAAGCGAAGAGCAGAACGAGACCAAUUGUUUCAACUGGACUUGUGUUUAACUGUUCAUUGGACAUCGAGGAUGGACAUAACAAGACCUGUUCUCCUUUACUUCCAACAUAUCGACUCCCAGCAACUUUUGUCGACGACAUGUGGUAUGGAGCAACGUUAGGUGCAUUGAAUAAAGAAAGAUUAUACAUAUGUGCACCACGCUGGUCCAGAUUACAUGAGAAGAGAUAUAUAUUAGCAAACGGUGUUUGUUUUGCUUACGUAAAGAAAAGAAACGUUUAUAUCCUACUUAAUCCUUUUGGAGACAGUCGUAAACAAGCUUUCCAUGCUGACAAAGUUAGACCAGGAUAUGAAGACUCUCUACAUUUUUACGCUGAGGCUCAAUUUGGUAUGUCUUUGAAGGUGUGUGAUGAUAAACACGUAAUUUUUGGCGCACCGGGGCUUUUGCAAUGGACCGGUGGAACAGUUGAUUAUUACAGUGAUUUAGAAAAUACUCUGAACACAAAGAAGAGACCAGUCACUAAUCCAUUUUACACUGAAGAAUUGCAACUUGAUGACUAUUUCGGAUACAGCGUUGAAGCAGGCUCAUUUGAAAACAAAGGUAAAAUACUUCGUGUAGCGGGUGCACCGAGAUCGAAGAAUGGAUUGGGUCAGGUUUUUUUAUACGAAUCAGCGAUCCAAGAAAAUGCUCCAUUAAGAAUUAGGCAAAUUAUAGUCGGACGCCACACGGGGGCCUACUAUGGCGCCUCUCUCUGCUGUGUGGAUAUCAACAAUGAUGGUAGACUUGACCUGCUCGUUGGUGCUCCUACCUUCACCCACAAAGAUGGAGGGCUGCACUACGACCAGGGAGCUGUUUUCGUUUAUAUAAACCGUGACCAGAAUAGUACCUUCUCGUUAGAGGAAUCAGGUUUUGUGUCAGGAUCAAAACACAGCGGAGCGCAUUUCGGAAUUUCCAUAGCUGAUCUAGGCGAUGUUGAUGGUGAUGGUUAUAACGAUGUAGCAGUAGGAGCUCCAUGGGAGAAUGAAGGUUCCGGCGUCGUUUACAUAUAUCAAGGCAGCGACAGUGGAUUGAAAAACCAAUACGCACAAAGAAUUCUGGUCGAGGGGGCCCGAGGUUUAGGUAUAUCAAUUUCAAAAGGAUAUGAUGUUGAUAAUAAUUUUUGUAAUGAUGUGGUUAUAGGAGCUUAUGCUAGUCAAACAGCUUAUCUCCUGAAAUGUGUACCUACAGUGAAAGUGGAGACAGAAAUAAAAGUACCUAAUUUGAUGGACCUACCUGAGGAUGCGAACAAUUUCACAGCAUAUUUCUGUGUGUCCGUAAGGACGCAGAAAUGGCAACACAUUAAUGUUGAUUUUAAAGCAACGAAAAUGAUUGAUCCUGAAUUGAAUAGAGCAUUUAUGGAUGAUCAUACAGAAUCAGUCAUAUCUGUCAAACCAGGCAUAGAGAAGUGUGACGAGCAUGUUGUGAAUGUUAAUAGGACUGCGGAUUUAUCAAAACCAAUAUUAAUUCGGUACAAAUUGGAGCCAAGUAAAUUGGAUGAUUUUACAAGAUUAUCAGAGGAUUCAAAACUAGAGACGUCAUUUCUUGCCCAGAUGAUUGGAGAUUGUGGAAAGGAUUUGAUUUGUACGCCAUUGUUGAAGAUGAGAGUAGAACCGAUGGAUAGUCCAUACAUUCCUGGUACAAAUAUGAAACUGGGUGCAAAAAUAACAAUUAUUAAUGAAGAAGAACCAGCUUAUGGUGCAAAACUGCAGCUGAUGUUGCCUCUAACUCCCAUAAGAGUGCCUCGCUCUUGUAACCUGAAGAAAUUGAACAUGACCUGCAAUUUACCAGCGCCGUUGCACAGAAACGAGUCUGUGGUAUAUGAGAUAGAGUUGCAAUAUGAAUACGACCAGCCUAAUGAAAUGAAAUUAUUAGCAGAAUUGAAAGAACCAUUAUAUAGAGAAAAUGUAACAGAAGGAGCUCUUCAGGAAUUAACUCUGACUAUAACUCCAAAAGCUAAGUUUGCAGUUACUGGAAAAUCGUUAUCAAAUGCUACCAUAUUUGUAUCACGAGAACAAUUAAAAGAUGCAAAGAACUUUACACUCAUAUAUUCAUACGAGGUUACAAAUCUGGGACCAUCCGACUGGCAUAAUUUGACCGCUUCAAUAAGUUUAUCGGAACCGUUAAGCGUAUCAGUCCCAGUGGCUGGAUGUACUCCAAACCAUCAGCGUCUUGAUUGUACUUGGACUGUAUAUGCUAAACAUACAAAAACAUUCUACAUGCUACUACACUACGAUUUAAGUCGAUUUGGAAAAUUAUUGGAAACGAACAUCACUAUCAACGUGACUUCUAAAUUUGAGUUGAAAACAGAAGAUGAAUACAAGAUGGCAGCUGUUACCACUUGUAUCGUGUUGGAACCUGUGUGGCCUAUUUGGCCGCUGAUAGCAGGUGUAAUCGGCGGGUUACUAAUUCUGGUUGUAGUCACAAUUAUUAUGUACAUGUUAGGAUUUUUCAAAAGAAGACAAAAGGAGGAAUUACAGAAGCUUCUAGAAGAAACUGCGUCCCAACCAGAACCGAGUGUCUCAGGGAACUCAGCAACACAAGAAAAAGAUUCGGACGAUUCAAUUGAAUUAGACUCAGAUUAAAUAUAAACUGAGUGGAGUUCAAUAGAGAGAUACUCUUAAAUUAUAUCAACCUAGGAUAAUCCACACAGCGCCAUCUAGACCCUAAGUAAAUCUUGUGUUAUGGGUAUUAGACAAUUUAUAUAAAUACAUACAUUUUUUUUAGUAAAUUCAUAUAUAAUAGACAUAGGAAACAGACCAAUACAAAUAAUCAUACUCCCGAAUACAAAUGUUUGUACUGUGCAAGGAAUUGAAUCCGCGCCCUUCGGAAGACACUGUCUAAACCGCUAGACCACCGAGGCCGUCAAAUUUUAGACCAAAUUAAUUUAAUCUCGGAUUAUCUAGUAAUCUAUACGUAUAUUAUAAACUAGCUGUUCCCGCAACGUCGUCUGCGUGGAAUUUAACUUUAUUUUUCUAAAAUAAAAGUAGUCUAAGUUACUCCUUAUUACAUCAGCUACCUGCCAAAAAAGGUCCCGUCAAAAUCGGUCCAACCAUUUCCGAGUUUAGCCGUAACAAACAGACAGACAGACAAAAAUUGUAAAAAAUCUUAUUUUGGUGUAUGUACCGUAUUUAUAUUCAUAUGCUUGUAGUAAAAAACGGUUAUUUUAAUAUUACAAACAGACACUCCAAUUUUUUUUAUAUGUAUAGAUAAGUAAAUUUGUGACAAUAGUACCUUAAUAAUGUUCAAAAUUAUUAAUUAUUAUGGUUGAUUUUCGACCAUUAGGCGACCACUAGUUUAUAAAAUUAUUUAUGUAUAAAAAACCAAAGACUUUGUAGUUAAAGUAAGUUAUCUAUGUAAUACAUAGACAACGUUGUGUAUAAUAAUUUUUGUAAUUAAUAGCUUAAUAAAA